CCCAACUCUCCAUCCCGAGUCCUGGGCUUCAUUUUAGGGCCAAGGGGACCGGGCAGCGGAGUGCCAGGAUCAGACGCCCCAGCGAUGACCAGCUCCCCGGUCUCCAGAGUCGUCUACAACGGCAAGAGGAACAGCAGCCCCCGGUCUCCAGCCAACAGCAGCGAGAUCUUCACCCCGGCCCACGAAGAGAAUGUGCGCUUUAUCUACGAAGCCUGGCAGGGCGUGGAGCGAGACCUGCGGAGUCAGCUGUCGGGCAGCGAGCGGGGCCUGGUGGAGGAGUACGUGGAGAAGGCCCCCAACCCCAGCCUGAAGACCUUCAAACCCAUCGACCUGAGCGAUCUGCGACGCCGGAGCGCGCAGGAUGCCAAGAAGUCCUAAGGCGCCGGCGCCCAGCUCUGAGCUCGGCCCAGCACCGACGGCCGCCUCUUCUCCUGCAGGCC